AUGGAGUUUAGGAUUCCGAAAAAUCUGGAUGACCUCGAGCAGAAUGACGACGAGUCCUUAGGGUACUUUGACCAGCUGGAUGCCUCGUCCAAGGACCUUCUGAUCGACUCCUUGGCGACGAAUCUCAGCUGCCUCGUUCCAUCCAUCGCGGCAUUCCUGGCAUCGUCUUCCGGCAGCUCCUCCACGUCAGCGGCUGACACUGACGGGGGUCGCCAGUCGCGGAAGAAGGCGGUGGUGUCGCACUCGUGGGAGUGGCAGCGCCAAAUGCCCAAGGUGCUCAAGGCGCUCGCUACAGCCACAUCCGUUAAGCUCAGCUCUCUUUACCACGGCUCCGCGCCAGAAGAGAGCCUUAUGGAAGCUUAUUGCAGUCUGGCGCUCACGCUCUUUGAAGAUGCCGAAUUACUCAAGAACGGGGAUGUGCGCGCGCCGCUCGUGCAAAUCGUGGCGCAGUGCGCCGUGAAGCAGGGGUACCUGGUGCAGGUGGUAUCUGGGCUGCUGCAUCUGCUGCACCACCAGAAGCACUCCCCCGAUAUAGUCACGGACGUGGUGGUGUACGCGGAUGAGCAGCUGGGGCAGGCGAGCCUGGCUGCGGCGGUUCUGCAGGACGUGGGGAGGACGGGGCUGAAGGAGUACAGCCGCGCCAACAGCGGCGUGCACGAGGUGGCGGAGUUCCUCAUCGCCCUCGCCAACAAGCAGCCCCGCCUGCUCGCCGCGUCCCUGCCGCUGCUCGUCCCGCACCUUGAGCACGGGGAGUCCGCCGUGCUGCGCUGCGCCAUCGUCACCGCCAUCAGCCGCCUCCUCGCGCGCCUCUACUCCGCCGACGCUGGCGGAGCGGUGCCCCCGGCAGGAGACGGGGGCGCGGAAGGGGAAGGAGCGGAAGGGGACGAGGACGGGGAGGGCGGAAGGGAAUCCGCGGGUGGCGUGGAGGAGGAAGGCCCCGCGGCGAGGGGCGCGAUGCGCGCGCGGUUGCAGCGGCUGCGGAGCAAGCAGGGGCUGCUGGCGGUGCUGAUGGAGCGCGCGCGCGACCAGUCCGCGCACGUGCGCAGCCGCGUGAUGCAGGCGUGGGCGUGGCUGUGCGGGGAGAAGGCGGUGCCGCUGGGGCACUGGAACGCGGUGGCGGAGCUGGCGGUGGGGCGGUUGGAGGACAAGUCGUCGCUAGUCAGGAAGAAUGCGUUGCAGCUCCUGGGCGAGAUGCUUCACCAGAACCCGUUCGGCCCGAGUUUGCGAGUGGCGCCCUUCGAGGUCACCCUGGAGAAGGCGCGCGUCGAGCUGGCAGCCAUGGAGGAGAGCCGCCGGCGCGCCGAGCAGCAGGAGGCCAGGGAAGGAGGCGAGGGUGACGGUGAUGGAGAGGGUGAGGGCGAGGGGAUGGAGGGUGCAGGAAAUGAAGGGGCAGGAGCAGCGGCUGCAGCGGUGGAAGUGGGGGUGGUGGGGGAUUCUGAAGGAGGUGUGGGCGAUGAUAGCUGGGUGGACUCCCAGGCCACCCAGGGAGAUGGGGAGGGACAGGGAGAGGGAGGCAAGGCAGGAGGCGCUGCUGGUGGUGUUGCAGAGGGGCUUCCAGACGGAGCUGCUGGGGUAGCAGGCGUGGCAGGCGCAGCAGGAGCAGCGGGCGGAGCAGGCGCAGCAGGGGCAGCAGGGAAGGCGGUGCUGGGGCGGGCGUUCGGGGUGGAGCAGACGCGCACGCUGGUGGCGUCGCUGAGCGCGGGGCUGCAGUUCUGCCGCCUGCUGGCGGCCGUCACGGGCGCGCUGGCGGCGCUGCUGGGGUCGAGCGCCGUGUCGGACGUGGAGGGCGCGAUUCUGCUGCUCACGGCGCUGCAGCACUUCCGCGUGGAUGGGGCGAGCGAGCGACUCAAGAAGAUCCUGCCACUGGUGAGAUGGGAUACGAGUGUGGGGAAGGUGAGGAGUGGAUGGGUGGGAGUGGGGGUGGGGGUGGGGGGGGAAAGUGUGGAGUGGGGAGAGAUGGUAGGGGGAAGAGAGGGAUGGCAGUUGAAAGAUGGUUGGGAGGGCGCCAUCCUGCUGCUCACGGCGCUGCAGCACUUCCGCGUGGAUGGGGCGAGCGAGCGACUCAAGAAGAUCCUGCCACUGGAGGAAGAGGGGAGGGCAUUUGAAAGGGUGCUGGCGGCGCUGCUGGGGUCGAGCGCCGUGUCGGACGUGGAGGGCGCGAUCCUGCUGCUCACGGCGCUGCAGCACUUCCGCGUGGAUGGGGCGAGUGAGAGGCUCAAGAAGAUCCUGCCGCUGGUGAGAUAUGCGCUAGAGGGGAAGGGGGUGGAUGGGGUGGGGAGUGGAUGGGUGUUCUCUCACGACCCUGCUGUGCGGGCAGCAGUGGAGGCGGCGGUGCUGGAGCUGCACGUGAAGGGGCGCUCAUCGCAGCAGGCAGCGCGCAGCCUCGUGGCUCUCACGCACGGCGCCUCCUCUGGCGACCUGGCGGCGCUGGAGGUUCUGGUGGGCACGUUCGUGCACAACGGGGAUGUCACCAUGCAGAUGGUGACCAUCCUGUGGGACAUAUUCACUUUCAACCUGCCCGGAGCCACGUCAGCAGAGAGCACAGGCGCGCUGAUCCUCCUCUCCAUGGCGGCAAAAACCCGCCCGGAAAUCCUCAACCACCAUCUGAGCGCGCUCCUCGCCAUAGGCCUAGGCAGGCGGGCUCAGAGCGACCCUCUGCUUGCUCUCUACGCCUGUAUCGCCCUGCAAAGGGUUUCUGCGGAGGUUCGGGAGGAAAUGGGGGCAGGGCACCGGGUGUUUGCGCUGCUGGAGGGGGUUAUUUCAGGCAGCUCGCUGGAUCUGCCCGAAAGGGCGAGGUACGGGGUGAUAGAGCAGGCGGUGAGGGCGGUUUAUGUGCUGCAUCCUGCGCCGGAGAGGUACUGUGGCGUGCUGCUGAAGAAGCUUGUAAAGGGGAUGUUUGGACAGGGUGUUGCUGUAGGGGGUGGAGGGGGAGGUGGGGGAGGAGGGGAGGGUGAGGGGAGGGAGGGAAGUUGCGUGAGUGGUGUUGUUGAUGGUAGUGGGGAGGCCGCCCGGGCAGCAAAGGAAAAAGCAGAGGCUGAAGCUGCUGCCGAAGCCAUGGAGGCCAGCCUGACCGGGAAAAAGCCUAAGGCAGGCAGGAAGAGCACUGGCCGGAAGAGUACAGUCUCUGGGGCAGGGAAGAGGAGAAGCGUCGCUGCCACCCCUGCAACAUAUGAAUACGAGAGUGAGGAGGAGGAGGCGGGAGAGGAGAGUGUGGAUGUGAGGGAGGAGGAAGAGGGGCCAGCGGGUGAUGGAGGGGAGGGCGGGGGAAGGGAGGAUAAGAUGGGGGAGGAGCUUGGGACGGCAGUGACAGCAGAGGCGCAGCUAGAGGCGCUGCAGGAGCAGGUGGAGGGGGAGAUAGUGGCCAUGGAAAAGGGGCUGGAGAGGAGGCGGGGCGAGGGGAGGGAGUACCUGGUGGGGCGGGUGGCAUGGUUCGUCUCGGCGCUGUGCAGGCGGCCUCAGGCGUUUGCAGCGAGUCAGAGCGUGUAUGUGUGCGCCGUGCUCUCAUUGUCCAAGCUCAUGGCCAUCGACAGCCACUUCUGCGAGUCCCACCUGCAGCUGCUCUUCACACUCCUCCGCACCCAUCCGCACCCCUCUGUGCGCGCCAACGCCAUGGUGGCCCUGGGCGACCUGGCUCUGCGCUGCCCCAACCUGCUGCAGCCGUGGACGCCCCACGCGUACACCGCUCUCAGCGAUGGGGACGCCUUUGUGAGGCGGCAGGCGCUGCUGGUCCUCUCCCACCUCAUUCUCAACGACAUGAUGAAGGUGAAGGGCCACAUCAGCAGCCUGGCGGUGUGUCUGGAGGACCCUGAGCCGCGCAACGCUGACCUCGCCCGCCUCUUCUUCCACGAGCUCUCCAAAAAGGGCUCCUCGCUGGUCUACAAUCUCCUCCCGGACAUGCUGAGCCACAUGGCGGUGAAUCCGCACCUCUCAGAGCCCUCGCUGCACGCCAUCCUGCGCUUCCUCAUCGCCUUCAUAGACAAGGACAAGCAGCGCGAAGGGCUCAUCGACAAGCUCUGCCACCGCUUCACCAACGCCCACCCCGCCUCCUCCUCUGCCUCCUCGGCUGUGGUGGUGAACUGGCAGCGGCUGAUGGACAACUACAAGGACGUGAAGGCUGCUCUGGAGGAUGCUGCUGUGCUGGAGUAUCUAAAGACUGCCACUGGCAAGGACAUGAAGGACGCCCUGGGGGACGCUGCUGUGCUGGAGUACCUCAAGACUGCCACUGGCAAGGUGCGUGGGCUGUGA